GAUCCACGAGAUCUGAAUUCAAGGUAAAAGAGACGUGGCAUUGUAUCUCACUGCAUUAACCAUAGUUCUCCUGGGCGAUGGAGCAGUACUUUUGGACUUUUGCCUGAUUUCUCCAAUAUCUUAUUUGCUCAAUCCUUAGCUUUACAGGAUUAACAUGGCAUUGAUCCUGCCAUACGUCGGUAUCCUUGUUCUCAUGCUCAUCUACCGGGUCUCCGAGAUUGAUCCCUUAACGGGGCAUUGUAGUAUCGGAUUGUUAAAACCAGCGGCGUUGCCACUGAUUCUUUACGACAUCUUUCUGUCGUCCUGGCUGACCGCGCUUUUCAUCCGCCCCCUUAUGAGCUCAACCUCGCUCCUUCAGGGCCCUUCCAAGGGCAAGCUCCGCGAUGUUGCUCGGAGAACGUUACUGGGAUGCGUGAUUGCCCUAGUCCUGAGCUCGGCCAACGUCUUCACAUUAGUCUACUUCCAAGGCCAUGAGCGUGGGUUGAUCUGUCUUACGUCAUGUACACUGGAUGUCACAUUGAACGCGAUUACGAUCCACUGGGUGACUUCGCGCGGCGGUGGACGGGCACCGGGCGGGGGUCGCGGAUCGAGGGAGAGGCGGGUUCUUAGUGCCGUGCAUGGGACGCCUAGCGGGGGCUACGGCUACACGUCAAAUGAGAAGCAGGUCGCGCCUUUGGAGUCUCAUAUGUCGAUCACCGUCGAGUCAUAUGUGGAAGAGUAUCAUCAUCUGUAUGGUGGUGUUGGAAGCAGUUCAGGCACACAACAUUGUUGAGGUGGACUGAUCCUUCAUCCACGACUUUACUUUUCUCCUUGUAUUCAUAGUAGCACUCCCUGAUGACCUUUUCAAAUAAUAAACACCAUCCUUUGCAC